AUGGAUAGGCAGGUUACAAUGGAGUGCCCCAGAGCCAUUGAAGGAGAUGCUGUGCAGACUGAUGUGCAGCGUGAGUUUGAGAGAGAACUCACCUUGAGCGACUCUUCUCACACCAAUUCCAACAGAGUCGAAGGGCGAACACGCAUCUUGCGGGCUUCAGAUGUCCUGCUAUCGCUGGCUGGGAAAUCUACGGCUGGUACAGUCCAAUCAUCGGUCUAUAACUUGGAGCUUGGUCCUUGGAAACUAACCAAUUUUUCUCCAUUUCUAGACACUUCGGAAACGUUUGCUGGUAUCGAAAACUUCAAAGAAACCCUACGCAUUUUCCCGCCUUUUCGAGACAACGAUGGAGCCAGACUCGGUGCGGUGGAUGUCAAGUGUCCGGAUUGCGACGCCAUCUUCUCCUCACAGGAAGAGUUGAGACAGCAUUAUUUGACGCGGUUUUGCCCCGGGGCUGCCGUCGCUGUAUAUGUGAUGACACGGGAUCGGCUCAUUAAAAAGGGUUAUCGCAUGGAGAAACGGCUUGUUCCUCUUAAUUGCCAGCCGAUUCGCUUUUACUGUAGUAAAUGUGACAAACAAUUCGCCAUUGACGCUGAUGACAAAGUGGACCGGCAGAGAAAUUCACGCAUCCUCGUGGACUGCACGAAUUGCGGGGAGAAGUGCAAUGUCUCGUUUGAGCCGAUUUUGAACGAUCCUCGAGACGAUGUAACCUAUAUUGAUUCCCAGCCAGAAAUAGCGGUUGACGACCGUUCCAGAAGCCCAAGCAUUGCGCAGAAUAGUUUCACAAGCUCCAUGUUUCCUACGACAGCGACAUCGGGUGGAGAGCAGUAUUUCGCAAAAAGGGCCAAAAAGAUUCGGGAUUCGUGGUCGUUUAGAAAAUUUUCUCAAAGCGAAGAAGAUGAGUUGAUCGCAAUCAGCUUUGCAGGGCUGUACGAUUUGGAGCGAGUACAUGCUCCAAAUGGCUUCUUCCAGCCAUUUGAUGGAACUUUCGAAGCACCUAAAUCCCAGGCAGGUUCCGGUAUCACUUUAAGUGCCCCCGUGGGUACGGCUGUUAUGGAAACUAAGAAGCUGCCUGCGACGCUAUGCGAGGAGAAUGAACAUUCUGUAAUUGGAUCUGUCGACUCUGGGGGUAAUUUUUUGGGGGCAAAUACAACUUUGCGGACACCUUCACCCUCGAAAAGAAGGCAGUCCUUCUUCCGGAGAUUGUUUUGUGGGAAGGUCCCAAAACGCCUAUCUCGUGCUAAAUCUGCAUCCAAUUCAGGCAACAAACUUAUAAAACGCGUCAACACAGUGCGGUUUUCUUUUGUGGCCAAGAGUUCGAGACACACAACCGGAACUGGCAGACCCACAAGUGAAGGACGGACUGAGGACGACAAUGCAGAGCCAAACGAGUCGAAGCGAAACGAGACCAAGUCAACCGUUCCAGAGGCCGAAUAUGUGGCACUAUUGCGAAGCAGUCAGAAUAUUUUCAUCCACAUGGAAUAUCUGUCAGGAGGUACAAUGAUUCAUGAUGCGUCUGGUCGCCAGAGAAUCCUCGGAAUGGAGGAAGUCGCUCAGCUUUUCUUACAACUGAAGGAUCAGCUCUGCGCCGCUACCAUAUGGUCUAGGGCAUUGAAAACGCGCUUGAGAGCAGAGGCGGCCUCAAAUAAGGGUAAUUUCAGGGCUGCAGUGGUGGAAUAUGAGGAUGCUUUGAAGAUGCUAAAUGAUUGCCCGGCUUUGGAUAUUGACAAGCUAUCGAGAGCAGCAAUGCUACACUCAUUGGGCCAAGCAUACCGCGGGAUGCAGAAGAUCGCCGAGUCGGAGGCAUGCUAUCUAGAAUCCUUGGGUCUUGUUAAACGCACUUUAGGGCGUGAAAAUGCCAAAAACUUUGCGAUUCUGAGUGAUCUUGGGGCUCUUUAUGAGAACGAUGGACAUCCCAUCGACGCUGCGGCAUUGUACGAACGUUCAUAUGCUGGCCGGCUCAAGAUACUAGGACGAAAUGCUCCGGAGACGCUGGUCAGCAUGUAUGACCUUGCUUCUGUCAAAAUACUUCUGGGCGAGUUUGAAUCUGCACUCUUUCUGCUAGAAAAGGCGGUCCCAGUUCUUGAUACGGUCUUUGGUAUGCAGAGCGAAACGACACUGGGUGCGAUGAACAAGCUGUCGAUCUUGUACCAAAAGCUACGUUUGGAGAAGGAGUCACGAACAAUAUGCGGGAGAACAAUUCCACACUAUAAAACUGUCCUUGGUAUCAACAGCGCAGUGACCCGAGAGGUAGUCCUCCGGUACAUUCAUCUUUCCAGAAAUUUCGACUUUCCUUUUGAGAUCAAAGACAUUUUUGACCACUACCAGCGCUCUCAAGAUCCCGAGGCUCUAGUGGUCAUUCACCAACUCGGCGAAGCGUAUAUGAGGGCAGGACUCUUCCAAGACGCGGCUAACUUGUUUGAGACUUUAGUUGAACGUUUCCUAGCUGUCAAGGGCCCAGAGGCUUUGGAAACGUUUGCUUCUUUGAGCGCGCUUUGUGUAUGUCACGAGCAUCUCGAUUCGAUCGAGAAGGCAAUUCACGCGUACAAGCAAAUGAUCAAUAUGGCUUGUCAAACCCCUGAUGGUCAUCCAGCAAAGACCAAGAAGAUCAAAUACUCAGAGAAGAGAAUUGCAGAGCUCACCGGUCGACAAGAGCGUCUUGCUACUGAGAAGAAAGAAUGGGGGUUGCUUGAGCCUGGGCAGUGUGCAACUUGCGGGUCCACCACCUCUGUCCUCUGCCACGCGUGUAAAAUCCACCAUUUCUGCAGUGAGAACUGCCGUCAAGCCGGACUUGAAACCCAUAUUUUUUCAUGCGUGCCAUCGGUUUCAUUACGACAGUCGAAAUCUAUCGCCGCGAGAUCAAGAUGUCCACCCGAGAUCCGCGACCAGGCUUUCUCCAAGAUAGGAGCUUUUAAGAGAAAGAAAUUUGUGGACGUGUUAUCCCAAUACACCUUCUCUCUUGACCCACGCAACUUUACGACCCUCCGCAUGAAGCUCAACCCAUCCGUGAAUACCGUCAUCUUGUUUGCUUCAGAUUCGGAUAUUCGAUACACCACCAUUGAAAGCACUACCGCCAAGGUCGAUGGUUCUGUUAAGUCCAGUGGGACCAGUCCAAAACAGCUCGAGUGGCUGACACCCGAACAAGAGGAUUUCCUUUAUUACAACCCAUCUCAGGAAGAAUCGCAGUCCAAAUAUCUUCUAGUGGCCCCCGGCGAAAACAUGCACAAAUCAAUCGUCAACAAGCGUGUCCGUUUCCGGAGUGGCGGGGGCGAUAAAGAACGAUUCCAGUCUCUUGAAAUGCCAAACAAAGCUCUCAUCGAGUAUGCCCAGGGGAUUCUACUUUCUGGGUACCUCGACGAUGUAUUCAUGUACGUUAUUGAGUGGGCCUGGGGAGAGGGAGAGAUAGAGGAAGAGGGAAAGAUAGAGGAAGAGGAAGAGAUAGAGGAGGGAGACUAG